GAGCGGAGUGGGGGGUGGCGGACAGCUUCUCCCGCGUCCGCCAUUUUGUUGCUGUGGCUCUUGGGAACGGACUGGGCAAAACUGCCCCGGAGGCGCGACCCUCCUUGGAGUCCGGUGCUUCGCGUGGCGGCUAGGGUGGGUGCGCAGCUGUGGGGGUGUGGCACCGGCGCGUUUUAGGCUGGGAGUCACUGGAGGCACUCCCAGUACGCCGGUCUGCCCGAGACCCCCAGGGCGGCCUCCGCUGGGUCUCGGCUUCGUCCGCUACGUCUCUCGGCUCUGCUCCCCAUUCCCCGGGCCGGCUCACUACGUGAGGCGGCCCCGGAGCAGGCGGGCGGUGGCGGAGAAUGCUGCGAGCCCGGCGCCGCGAGGAAGGUGCUAGCCUAGCCCUCUAAGUGCGCCUCGAGGUUUGACUGAGGCCCUUCCUCGGCCCUGAAGCCAUCUGCCAGGCAAAGGCUUCCAGAGCAGCCGCCACCCCGACCAGCCGCGGAGCCCCCGGCCCGACACCAUGUCCUCCGCCAGGUUCGACUCCUCGGAUCGCUCCGCUUGGUACAUGGGGCCGGUGUCUCGCCAGGAGGCGCAGACCCGGCUCCAGGGCCAGCGCCACGGUAUGUUCCUAGUCCGCGACUCCUCCACCUGCCCCGGGGACUACGUGCUGUCUGUGUCCGAGAACUCGCGGGUCUCCCACUACAUCAUCAACUCGCUGCCCAACCGUCGCUUUAAGAUCGGGGACCAGGAGUUUGACCACUUGCCGGCCCUGCUGGAGUUCUACAAGAUUCACUACCUGGAUACGACCACCCUCAUUGAGCCCGCGCCCAGGUAUCCAAGCCCACCCAUGGGAUCUGUAUCAGCAGCCAACCUGCCUACAGCAGAAGAAAAUCUGGAAUACGUACGAACUCUCUAUGAUUUUCCUGGGAAUGAUGCUGAAGACCUGCCCUUUAAAAAGGGUGAGAUCCUUGUGAUCAUAGAGAAGCCUGAAGAACAGUGGUGGAGUGCCCGGAACAAGGAUGGCCGGGUCGGCAUGAUCCCUGUCCCUUAUGUCGAAAAGUUGGUGAGAUCCUCCCCACACGGAAAGCACGGAAACAGGAAUUCCAACAGUUAUGGGAUCCCAGAACCUGCUCAUGCAUACGCUCAACCUCAGACCACAACUCCUCUACCUGCCGUUUCCAGUACUCCUGGGGCAACCAUCAACCCUUUGCCAUCCACACAGAAUGGACCUGUCUUUGCGAAAGCAAUCCAGAAAAGAGUACCCUGUGCUUACGACAAGACUGCCUUGGCAUUAGAGGUUGGUGACAUUGUGAAAGUCACAAGGAUGAAUAUAAAUGGCCAGUGGGAAGGCGAGGUGAAUGGGCGUAAAGGGCUUUUCCCCUUUACACACGUCAAAAUCAUUGACCCUCAAAACCCAGAUGAAAAUGAGUGAUUGCUGCUGCCCGGUACCUGCUGCUUCGUGUUCUGCCUGUCAUAGUCUCCUUUGAAGUGGGAAUGCAUUCUCUCUCAUGGGCAAGUGCCGCUGCAUCAUAGCACCCACUCUGCAGACGGAUGUCUCACGCACAUUUGGAAUGCACACAGCAGGCUGCCUCCUGGCGUUUGUAUCAUAGUUGUAUUGUCAACAAGUAGCCAAUUUUAGAAUUCUUUUGGGUCAUAAACUGGAAAUCCUGGUGGAAGCACACAAGUGGAGAGACGUUGACAAGGAAAAGGUCUUCCUUCUCAUCACUACCCUGUUUUUACUGUGACCAGUGCUGUCGUGUUCAUCAGUGGAAAUUUGAGGCUACUCCACAAAGCAGGGCUCAACCGCCAUCUUCUUUUUCCUUUGGAGAACAGAGGAAGUGAACCUUAAAGAAGAGAGAAUUCUGUUCUAAACUCCCCAAAUCCGGCUUUUCUUUUGGUUUGGUUUGGUUUUGGAAGACUAGUUAAUUAGGCUUGUGUGUUUUGAACAGGCUUAUAAGUAGCAGGUUGAAUUUUUGUGAUAUCAUAAGGAAUGACAUGUGCCUCUGAGCUUCUGGAAUGAAGCUGCUGUAACUAAAGGGGUAUGAAGAGAAUGGCCCUGAAGCGGGUCCUUUAUUGUCUUGGUGUUGUUGAUAGUACCUUGUUUUGCCAAAUAGCAAACAAAACAAUAAUCGGUAGUCAUGGCAUGCCAGCGUGUGUGGACAGCCUCUUGGAUUACAUGUUCCCUAAAGGCAUCAAGUGGGGGGGAUGGGGGUGGUGAUUGGGCAGCUUUGCUUACCUUGUUUGCCAGUGACAGAGGAGUUUUCUGUCCAGCUUUCCAGUGAAUGCGUUCUUUUAAGGUGUAUUGUGGGACUUAAAAUUUCUUGAAAAAGUGAGGUUGUUGAAAGAAUCAUUGCGUUAAGUUCAGCUCCCUGAGAUCUGGUUUUCCCUGCCAGGCCUAGGCUUGCCAGGCUGCCAGAGAAGGUGGUGCUGCUGAUCCUGGUUCUGCAGUCCAUGUCCACCAUGUUCUCAAGCAAGGAAAAACAAGCUCUGGAAAUUGGUCAGUGCAUUUGAUGUUGAAUGUUUUGGUGACUAGAGUGACCAUUAACCAUUUACCAAUUUGGUGUAAAACAUCGCCCUGUUAGCUCAAAGAGGCCUGCUCAUACAGGCCAGCAUGUACAAACGUUUGGCCACGCCCUCAUCUACUACACAAAGCAGACUAGGAUUCUGGAACCUCUGUGUAGUCCAGUCUGCUCUGGCUUCUGAACACUGGUGAAGAUAAGCAUCAGCUCAGAGUAAGACCGAGAAUUGUAGCAGCAACCUAAGGAGGAACUUGGUACCAUUUACUGAGCGUCUGCUGUAGCCAUGGCCCUAUUGUUGGAGGCUCUUGAGGUAUAGAGCAUAUUCUGGUGACAGAACCACAAACAACCAAUUUUCAAUUUCUCUUUAAAUCAGUAUUCCACUGGGCCACGUUAAAGAACCUUGGGAGUGCUCCUGUGACAAAAUUAAUGGUUAGUUGAAAAAAAAUAUCACCUUGGCCGUAGAUUUCCUGGAAAAUGCUUAGUAAUCAGCCCUUGCUGCCCAGUAAGAACUGUGGCCGCCUCUUGCUCUGAUGAUGCGUGUUUGCAACACUGCUUCUUGUGAGCUCGGCCUGCUCUGAGCUAAGCCCAACCCGAGUCCCCACACAAGAACUACACUUGCCCUAUAGCCAUUGAACAGAUUCCACCCUGCCCUUAUCAGCAUCUGCGCCUAAGUGGGAUGUUCAGUAGAAGGUGGAACGUCUUGCCUUGUUUAAAGAGAGCACAAACCCUCAGGCUUUUUUAAGCCAAGUUGAGCUGAGGGGCUUCACACAUUUUGAUGUUGACACUGAAGUUGGCUCAGCACACAAGAAAUGCAUAGCAACUUUAGAAAGCAAGGUUUCGUUUCAGCCAUGUCUACGAGGCCCACCUUCAGAGUCAAACCCUUCCCUAAACCUAGGGUCAGUCCCAAAGUGAGUCAGCUCGUGGCUGCAGCCCAUGAGAAUGUUUCCGGGACUGCCCAGGAGGUUCAUCCCAGAAUCAGAGUUCUGAACUCUUGAGAAAAGUGCCAAAAGUAGUAACUUUAGAUUUGGAACUGCAUCAGUUUUUAAUCAGGCCAGGAGAUUUUCUUUUUCACACUAAAUGUGAAAAGCAGCACCACUGCCUUGGCAUUGUAGCCAGAUCCCCACCUGCCUUGGAACCAUCAGUGCUUCUCAAAACAACAUGAAUAUGACCUGGAGGAGCUGCCUCUAUCCCGGGGUUUUCCCUUUUAUGACUGUUCAUGAUGCUGUUUGCUCUGCUCUACUGUGUGUCAUUUAAGAAAAUAUUUGGCUGUUAAAUUAACUGUCACUCUGAUUUUUUACUUGGGACGGAAACAAAUUAUGUACUAAAGGGCAUUGACAAUUUGAAUCAAACUCUGGGAAGGACCUCUCUCACACUGGAGUCUUCCUGGUCUCUUCUGAGCUAUGUGGUUCCACUAGAUGGCAUCAUAACCAAGAGGAGGACCCACUGAGUAGCUGCCGCUUGACGACUUGGAUCUUCCAGACUAGAGCCCUUCUGUGCUGGAAAGCUGACAGGCAGGAAAGCCAGAGGCCGUCCUUUGGAGCUCAAGCACACGGCACCGCGCUGCGCUUCCUGCACAGCUGUUUACAGACAAGGCAGACCCAAGGCGCUGGCCACCGCCCUUGUCGUGUUUGCUCAGAGGAAUAUGAACGUCUGUUUUUCAAAAAGGAUGAGGUGUUUUUGUGCCAGGUGUUUAUAAUUUAAUCCUUUAAUACUGUGUUCAUUAACCUCUUAAAAUGAGUGAAUUCUCGAUUGUUUUAACACAGGACCUAAGACUAAUGCUUUCUGUGGACACCACUGAGCUGUGCCUGAGUGUCCACCCUCUGGGACUGGAGAACUGUGUCCCUGGUAACUGCUGUCAGUGUGGACACUGAGCUGGCUGUAUAUUCUGUAGGAGUAGAAGGACGGUUCCCUGGGACAGGAUCAUCUCUGCAGGAGGAACAGUGGCCUUGCUUCUGAGAUGGUCUUCACUGUGUUUUCAAACACCAUCACCACCCCAAAACUCUUUUGACCUGUAACUUAAAGACCAUAAACUUCAGGCAAUAAUAUUUUCUGUGUUAAGCUGUUAAAAUUAUUUUUGGGGAUCAUAGCUUGUUUUAUUUUGUGCUAUAAAGUUAACAGUAUUAAAUGACUUAUAUUCUUAGAAUACAUCAAGUGUCUUUUCUUAGCAGAUCAGUGCCUUUUUAUUUUUGUGUUCCAUUUUGCAUAAACUGGUCCCAGCAUCAAAACCUUUGUUUUCCAUGGCCUGUUUGUACAUUGUCUCAAUAAAACUUGCAUCAGCUGGCGGCGGUGGCCGCGGCUUUGGUGUUUCAGUGUCUCCUCGGUGCUGUGUGGAGACACUCAGUCCCCACCAGCCUCCAGACUCUUCCAAGCAUUAGGCCGUCCUGGGACAGCUGGUGCUUCUUGGAGGAUGGUGUUCUGAGGCCCAGCCUUGCCACUGCUGAUAACGAAAUACAGUGGGAUCUUGCGUGGACCCUUUCCCCACUCAGGCACCCGGAGGACCACACUUACCCUCCCUACAAAAACAGCAGCAGCUGGUUCCCAGCCCUGGAGCACAGUGGCUGCUGUAGGGGAUCUUGGUACUUGGCCUUGGCCUUCUGGGGCUUGAGGAUGAGGCAGAAAUUCCCACAUUUUGCACCACCAAGGAGAGCUUGGGUUGUUUUCCUUCUAGGCUCCCAUAUCUGAAGUCUUUUGUAAAAUGUUUGUUUGGCAUGAGCUAACGAGUUGAAUGGUUUCGAGUAAAAGUCAUGGAAAGUGAGCAGCCUCAUCCCAGGUUACGGCGUGAUAACUGUCCGACUUCAUCUUUUUCUGAUCAAGUCUGUAUACAGCCCUACUGUUGAACUCUGGAGGACCUUCAAGUGGUAUCUCAGCUUGCGAAGAGGGUACUGGGGGGCCUGCUGAGGGCCUCAUAUUGACACCCUUGUCCAGAGCCUUUUCCCACCACUGUCCCCAGCUCUCAGUACAUUUUGUCUCUGACUACACCUAUGCUCCAUACCUGUUCUGUGUUGAGAUGUCCAAAUUUUCUUGUGGUAAACCUCAAGAAGUGAGCUUUCAGGAGUCUCCUGAAUUUGACAGAAAACGCCAUCUUGGAUGGAAAUAAAAAACGGUAUCAAGUCAUUCUGGAAAAAAAUGCCCCCAGAGAUGCCUUUGAAGAAAAUACCUGUCGGUUUGAAAAG